AUGGCCCAGCCUCGCAUUCAUUUUGAUGAUGCCAUUGAACCUGUGCGGUCGCAUGGUAGUGGUGGUGUCUACCCCUUACGGGACAGGGAAGCAACAGGAAUCGGCAGCAUUCGCUCCAGUAGUGCAGCAAGACGCCGCAAACAAGGAGAUUUUGAUGAGGAGGGAAACAAUGUCGAGGAGCGCGAUCUGAAGACAAAACAGGAAUUCUCUGGACUGAAGCUCCUGUGGCUUGCAUACCAGUCGACUGGGGUCAUAUAUGGCGAUAUCGGUACCAGCCCUCUAUAUGUGUUUUCUUCGACUUUCACAGCAGACCCCAGUUACGACGAUCUCCUCGGCGCGCUGUCCUUGAUCAUCUGGAGUCUUACUAUCAUGGUCAGCAUCAAGUACUGUCUCAUCAUCUUGCGAGCCGAUGACGAAGGCGAAGGCGGAACAUUUGCUCUCUUCACCCUCUUGUCGAGGUAUGCCAAUAUUGUCCGUCGUGAUCCCCGAGAAGAGCAGAGGAUAAGGAUGGAACGCCAUCUCACCGGAGAGCUUGGGAAAACGGCGCAAAAAGCUCGCAAUCUCAUGGAGCGGUCUCGAAUCAUGCAGUGGGCUUUGAAGGUUGUCGGCGUGUUUGGUGUGGCACUCGUCAUGUCGGACGGUGUCCUCACGCCUGCUCAAUCGGUUCUGGGUGCCAUCCAAGGUAUAGAAGUUGUGUCACCAAGCAUUACGAACUCCACCAUCGUUGGAGUUUCAUGCGCCAUACUCGUCGUCCUGUUCUUGAUACAGCCACUCGGAAUCACCAAGCUUGCGAGCACUUUCGCGCCUAUCGUCAUCAUCUGGCUCCUCUUUAACGCCUGCUUCGGGAUCUACAACCUUGCGAGGCAUGACGCUUCUGUCCUUAAGGCAUUUUCUCCAUACUUCGCCGGAUCUUAUCUCGUUCGACAUCGAACGGAGGGCUGGAAGAGUCUGGGUGGCAUUCUCCUGGCAUUCACAGGCUGCGAAGCCCUCUUCGCCGAUCUCGGAGCCUUUACACGGCGGGCUGUGCAGAUAUCGUGGCUUCUAUUCGCAUUUCCCUGCUUGCUGCUUGGAUAUAUUGGACAAGCCGCCUAUAUCUCUGAAGAUCCCACUGCCUGGACCAACCCAUUUUACAACACAGUGCCGCAUGGGUGCUUCUGGCCAUCACUUGUCAUCGCAAUACUUGCUGCUAUUGUCGCCAGCCAGGCGAUGAUCACGGCGGUGUUCCAGCUCUUAUCACAGAUCAUGAAACUAUCCUACUUCCCGCAAAUCAAAGCGGUGCACACCUCGAAGAUCUUCUACGGCCAAAUCUAUAUCCCGGCCGCAAAUUGGCUGCUUAUGAUUGGCACAGUUAUUGUGACGGCGGUCUACAAUAACACCACAAGCCUGGGACAUGCCUACGGCGUGUGCGUCAUCCUUGUGACAUUCAUGUCCACGUGCAUGGUUGCAAUUGUGGCUUUGAUUGUCUGGCGGGUGCCGGCCACGAUCGUUGGCUGCCUCUGGCUAAUCUUUGCUCUCUUCGAUGGGGCAUUCCUCUCCUCUGCGCUGACGAAGGUUCCUGAUGGCGCAUGGUUCACACUGGCACUUGCGGUGGUGCUGUCCUCCGUCUUCGUGCUGUGGAGAUUCGGCAAGGAGCAGCAGUGGCACGCCGAAGCAGCUGAUCGCUUCCCUCCAUCGCACAUGCUUUGUGCCACGGAGAGCACCAGCGCCCAGAGUCGUCAGUUGAAACUUUCACCCGCAUUUGGCGGAAAGGAAGUUACCCGUAUCGACGGAUUCGGCAUCUUUUUCGACAAGGCAGGUGCUCCCUCUACAACACCUACAGUCUUUAUCCACUUUCUUCAGAAGUUCCAUGCCGCCACAGACAUCAUUGUCUUUUUCCACCUUCGACCCUUAGAAAUUCCUACAGUGGCACCUGAAGAACGCUACGCGGUAACGCGAUGUUAUGUUGGAUGUGAGGGUAACAGCAAAGUUCCUAUUCAACAUUGCUAUCGGGUCAUCAUCCGUCACGGCUACAAUGACGAAGUGGUCACCGAAGACUUGGGACUUCUCCUCUUCGAACAGAUUCGCGACUUCAUCAUCCGUGACGGCGCAGGUGCCGACCUAGCCAAAAGGCUAGAGACGAGCGGCGACAAGGCCGCUGUGCUACAGGAGAAGAUUGUCGACUCGGCAAGACCAUCUUUGGAGGAUGUCGAGAUUGCAGAACGGCUGGCAGAGUUGCAACUUGCUUAUGCAAGCCAGGUGGUAUAUGUCAUUGGCAAGGAACAGUUGCGCAUCAAGCGGGGAACAAACUUGGCCAGGAGAGCCCUCCUGGAAUUGUUCUUGUGGAUCAGGGAGAACACCAGGUCCAAGGUGCAGGCGCUCAACGUUGCGAUAGACAAGCUUGUGGAGGUUGGGUUCGUGAAGGAAGUGUGA